AUGUCGUCUUCUCUAUCUGAAGUUGAAGCCAUGGAUACGUUACCGUUUGUUACAGAUGUGUCACUUGAGAAACCCAAGAUUGUGGCACCUUCUAUUGAAGAGGUGGAUGAAGACCCAGAUACGCUGCGGUCUCUGAGGGGCCAAGGUCGUUACUUUGGUGCCGAUGGCGAUGAUAAUGAUAACGUUAUAAAAGAAGCAUUACCCAAGUGUAAUAACUGUUCACAGAGAGGUCAUUUGAAGAAAAAUUGUCCUCAUGUCAUUUGUACUUAUUGUGGGUUGAUGGAUGACCAUUACUCGCAACAUUGUCCCAAAGCCAUUAAAUGUGCAAAUUGCAACGAAAAUGGUCAUUACAGAUCUCAAUGUCCACAUAAAUGGAAGAGAACGUAUUGUGCCCUCUGUAAUAGUAAGAAACAUUCUAGAGAAAGAUGUCCUAGUAUAUGGAGGGUUUAUCUUUUGAAAGAUGAUGCUAAUGAGAAGAUAUCGCUACCAUUGGAGUCCGUAUUUUGCUAUAAUUGUGGUUCAAAAGGUCAUUUUGGUGACGAUUGUGAUUUAAGAAGAUCUUCAAGAGUGCCAAAUGAAGAUGGAAGUGCAUUCUCAGGUGAUAAUUUGGCAUCUUCAUUGAAAAGUCAAUAUUUUGAAAAUUUGGAUAGAUUGUCACAUAAAAGAAAUCAUGAAUCAUCGAUUUAUGAUAGUUAUAAUAAUAAUGACAAUGGAUUCUUCAGUUACGACGAUUACGAAUACGAUGAAUCACUUUAUGAUGAUAUAAAUAGAAACAAUAAUAAUACGACGUCGAAAAAGCGUAGAAGACAUGAUAAUAAUAAUAAUAAUAAUAAUAAUAAUAAUAAUAAUAAUAAUAAUAAUAAUAAUAAUAAUAAUAGUAAUAAUAAUAAUAGUAGUAGGAAAAAGAAGACUGUGCAACCACAUCAGAGGGGAAAGACAUUAAAACCCUCAAGAGAUAAACAUCCUUUAGAUUUCCCAAGAAAUCCACAAGCUAUAUCUCAAAGUAUGAAUGGCUCAAGAUACGGCUCCGCUUAUAAUAAUAGAAAUAAUGGACAGUAUCAACAACAACCAUCUAACUACGAAAAUUACAAUUCUUUCAAGCCAUUCAGAAGUGGCGUAUUGAGAAGAUAA